AUGGCUUCUAAGAAGUUGGGAUCCGACUCUCAUGGGCCUUUCAGUUAUCUUGAUGAUGUCCCAUUUAAGAUAGGAGACAAAUUCAAAACCCCAGCAAAGGUUGGAUUACCCAUUGGUUUCUGCCUGCCGGAUUCUUCUCAGCUUGUCAGAGAAGCCCAGUAUGACUUCUCACUGGAGAAGAAAACAAUCAGGUGGGCUGAAGAUAUCAAAAAAAUUCAAGCUGCCCAGAGAGAAGCUGAACGAAAGGCAGAAGAAGCGCUAGCGAACUCAAAAGCAGCUCCAGAGGACAGCAACAAAAUGGGCUUCUCAGAGGGACCUUGCCCUGAGGCCAUGCCUCCUCCUAUUAACCCCAUCCUCGCUAGCCUGCAGCACAAUAAUAUUCUUACUCCCACACCAGCCAACAGCAGUGCUGUGAAGCAAAAGGUUCUCAGUCCACCUCGUCCAAAAGCAGACUUCAACCCAGCUGAUUUUGAAUGUGAAGAAGACCCAUUUGACAAACUGGAAUUAAAAACUAUCGAUGAUAAGGAGGAAUUAAAAAAUAUUCUUGAAAUUCAUGUUGGUACUACUGGGCCAAUUGUUGCCCAGCUGUUAGAUAAUACUUUGCCCAAAAGAGGGUCUGAGUCUGUGUUGCAAGAUGAGGAAGUUCUGGCAUCCAUAGAAAGGGCCACGUUGGACUUCAAGCCCCUUCACAAGCCCAAUGGCUUUAUUACUUUACCACAGUUGGGAAACUGUGAAAAGAUGUCCUUGUCUUCCAAAGUGUCCCUGUCCCCUAUCACUUCAGUGAGCAAUAUCAAAUCCCUGUCCUUUCCUAAACUUGACUCUGAUGAGAGUGAUCAAAAAUCAUCAAAGCUCACAAGCUCUUUCCACAGCACUACCUGUCUCCACAAUGGCACUUUGCUCAGCUCUUUGCAGACCUGUGCUCAGAGUAAAGCUAGUGAACUGAAUGGACACCAUAUGGUUGGUCUUUCCGCUCUAAAUGAGGACAGUGGCAUGGAGACAUCAACAUUAUCCUCUUCAUCCAGGCUGCCUUCCCUGGCUGUGUCAACAGUUUGUACAGAAGAAGAAUCAUCUCAAAGCACAGCGACUAUGGUACACCCAGACUACAAGGAAACAGAACUCCCUGUGGUAAUGCACCAAAAUUUCCCGGUGUCUAAAGUGCCCAAUAACGCCAGCUGCACAAAGCAGUCGGGUGGCUCCGCUCCUGAGCUACAGCAGGCCCUCUCCGCUAGCGAGAGGCAGUGUGUAGAGACGGUUGUCAACAUGGGGUACUCGCCUGAGAACGUCCUGAAAGCCAUGAAGAAGAAGGGACAGAACAUAGACCAGGUUUUGGAUUACCUGUUUGCACACGGACAGCUUUGUGAGAAGGGCUUUGAUCCACUUCUUGUUGAAGCAGCUUUGGAAAUGCACCAGUGUUCAGAGGAGAAGAUCACAGAACUUCUCCAACUAAUGAGUCAAUUUAAAGAAAUGGGCUUUGAACUGAAAGACAUUAAGGAGGUCUUAUUAUUGCAUAACAACGACCAACACAAUGCUUUGGAAGAUCUAAUGGCCCGUGCAGGAGCCAGCUGAAGACACAUUCCUGGAUGCUCAGAGUGCAACGGAGCAGGACCAGUCCCGCCACCUUCACCAGUGUGAAUUGCUCGCCACAGGAAGGAGUCCGGCUUUUCGCAUACAAGGGAGAGCGACUGAGCAAGCCCGUCCGCGUGCAUCACUCCAGCAUUUCUCUUUCCACUGAGAGCCAACUUUCUUUCUUAAAUUAAAUUUUUGAAGUGUCCUUUCCUAAGUUUCCUUUUUCCAGCUUGGCCACGGAGAGUUUAGAAUGCCCAACCUCUACUCUAACAUUGUACAUAGGUAGAGACGGGAGUGGU